CCCACCUCAGGAAAUUAUAACCCAGCCUACUCUUAUAUGCACUUCCACAGCCUACUUUCAGUUAAUCUGAGACGGACGAGAGACAGAACAAUGCACUUCAACAUGACAGCUGAGGACUACUAUGAUUACAAUGAAACUGACCUGGUCUGCAGUAACAACAAUGUAAGUGUCUUCAGCCUGGUGUUCCUCCCUACCAUCUACAGCAUCGUCUUCAUCGUGGGCUUCGUCGGCAACGCUCUGGUGUUGUGUGUCCUGGUCAAGUACCACCAAAGGUCAAACGUGACAGAUGUGUGUCUCUUCAACCUGGCCCUUUCAGACCUCCUCUUCCUGAUCUCACUGCCUUUCUGGGCUCAUUACGCUGCCGUCUCUGACUGGAUCUUCGGGAGCUUCAUGUGCCAUGCGGUAACAGGGUUCUACAUGCUGGGAUUCUAUGGAAGUGUCUUCUUCAUGAUCCUCAUGACCUUGGACCGCUACUCUGUCAUUGUCCAUGCCCAUAAUUCCCUCUUCUCCAAGUACCGGUCCGUCAGAGCUAGCAUAGCUGUGGCUAUGUUUAUGUGGGCACUUAGCUUAGGAGCUUCUCUGCCAACCAUCAUUUUCUCCCAAGUGAUAAAUGACUCAAAUGUAUUAAUGUGCAAAGAGGAAUAUCCAGAAGAGACAUUCUUGUUGUUAUUCUCUUACAUUGAGAUGAACCUCCUCGGUUUGAUUAUUCCUCUCUCCGUGAUGGUGUUGUGCUACUCGCGUAUCAUCCCCAUCUUAAUGGCCAUGAAAUCUCAGAAGAGACACAAAGCUGUCAAGCUCGUCCUGGUCUUGGUCAUUGUUUUCUUCCUCUUCUGGACGCCCUACAACAUCGUCCUCUUCAUGAAGUUCCUGCGUCAGUUUGGCUACAUGGCCAGCUGUCAAUGGGAGGAGAACCUGAACAUGGCCACGCAGUGGGUGGAAACCUUAGCGUUCAGUCACUGCUGCCUCAACCCCAUCAUCUACGCCUUUGUAGGGCAGAAAUUCAGGAAUUCCAUACUGAAGAUAUUUAAACAGUGGUUUCCUAUUUGCUUUGGUCGAUGCUCUAUAAUUGUCAGUGAGAUCUCAGAGAGGAGAAGCUCUAUGUACUCAAACUCCUCAGUGGUUUCCAGCACGAAGAUUGUGUAGCAUCAAUUAACAUCGGUUAUUCAGACAAUCUCAUUUUUAAAUCUAUUUGAUCAAAUCUAAUUAUGUAGUUUAAUAAUGAGCAAUCACAUAAUAUUGAUUAUUUUAAAGUGUUAUUAAAUCUCAUUAAAAACAGGUAAUGUUUUAUUGUUA